AUUCCUAACCCAAAAUUCUUCCCUCCUCCAACUCCCCCGCUCCUCCAAAAUAUACAUACAUACAUACAUAUAUAUAUAUAUCAGAGCCAGAGGUCGUCCCUUACCAUUUGGAUCGAUUUCUCUUGAUUCUUGAUCUUCUUCUUUAAUCCAGUUUAUACUUUUCUUCAUUUGAUCGAAAUUAAAAAUAAAAAAUAAAAAUGCUCGAUUUUGCCGUCCAUCCUGCUCAAGAACCGCCGCCAUUCUCGCCGGAGAGCCGAGGCGGCGGCGGCGGAGGCGCCGGAAGUAGCAGCGACGAUACCGACGAAAGUUCUGAUAGCUCCUUCCGAUACGAUUUCCAAGAUCUCUGUAUAAAAAUCUCCCACGCGCCGCCGCCGAUUUCCCCCUCCCCGUCGCCGUCGCCGCCGUGCAAAGCCCUGGCUGUCCUCUCCGGCCACGUCGGCUCCGUCUCCUCCCUCGCCCUCUGCGGCGAGUUCAUCCUCAGCGCCUCCCAAGGUAAGGACAUCAUCGUAUGGCAGCAGCCGGAUCUCCGGCAGUUCGCGAAAUUCGGAAACGGCGGCGGCGCCGUCAAGGCGAUCGCCACCGCCGGCAACCACGUGUUCACCGGCCACCAGGACAGCCGCGUCCGCGCCUGGAAACUUUCUAGAAGCUCCGAGAAUGUCUUCCGCCUCGUCGACACUCUCCCCACCACAAAAGAUUACCUCGGACGCUUCAUUAACCAGAGCAAUUACGUCCAGACGCGCCGCCACCAUCGCCGCCUCUGGAUCGAGCACGCCGACGCCAUCUCCGCCCUCGCCGUCGCCGGCGGCCUCAUCUACUCCGCCUCCUGGGACAAAACCCUCAAAAUCUGGCGCGCCUCCGAUUUCAAGUGCCUCGAAUCGAUCAAAGCCCACGACGACGCCAUCAACGCCGUCGCCGCCGUGGGAGGCAUCGUCUACACCGCCUCCGCCGAUGGCACCGUCAAGGCCUGGGCGAAGGACAGUCUCUCCGGCGGGGGCAAAAAGGGGAAAUCACAUUUGCUCCGCGGCGUUUUGGAAGGUCACAAAGACAUUUCAUUAAAUUCCGUCGUCGUCUCCGACGACGGCCGGAGCGUCUACGCAGGCGGCUCCGACGGCUACGUGAAGGGCUGGUCCGUCAAUAAAGAAUUCGACCGUUGGAGCGCCGUUUGCGAGUUCCGGGCCCAUCCGAUGGCGGUGCUGUGUAUGUGUUUGAUGGGGGAGUUUUUGUGCACCGGCUCCGCCGACAAGACCAUCCGCGUGUGGCGGCGAGGGGCGGCGCCGCCGGGGAAGAAUGGACUGUACAAGCAUGUGAUUAUCAAAGGGCACGGCGGGCCGGUGAAGUGUCUGCAGGCGUCGCCGGUGAGGGUGGGCGGCGGAUUCAUGUUGUACAGUGGGAGUUUGGAUCGGAGCCUUAGAGUAUGGUGGGUUCCGAAUUCGUGUCACGGCGCCGGAGAAGGAUCGCCGGCGGAAGCCAAAAAUGGCAAAUUGUUGUUUGAUAAUGAUAAAAAGAAUGAUUCUUUGCUGGCUCUAUAGUGAUUGUGUUUUUAGGCUUUUUUUUUGGUUAUAUAUAUAUAGAUGGAUUCAUUCUUUUUAGAAUUUGGAAAAAAUAAAUUCGAUUUGGUGUGUAUGUGUUUUUGUGUCUUUAUAGAGGAUGGAAAGGAAAGGAUUGUUGUUGUGUUUCACAGAGAAGUCGAUUUUAUUUUAUGUUUUCUUGAGAA